GUUCUGAAAUUUUCGAAGCGUCGCGACGCCCUUCGACGGACGGGGCGACGGCGCAUCCCACCGUCGCAUAUCAGUGAAAAUACAAACAUACAAAAAUACCAAAUCUCGAAAAUCAUAAAUCCAAAGCCCCCGUUCGUCCAAAUAUUCCGCGCAACUGCGAAUCUCAAAGUGUUCGAGUGUGUGUAGUUGGAAAUUUUUUUUUUUUCCCUCCCUCGAUGCGUGCGAACUUUUGACAUUUGAAAACCUGUUUGUCGGAACAUGGCGAGAGGUACGUAAAUUACUUGUUCUGUGAAGUGAACGGCAGUUUUUAAACAUAUGAUAAUUAAAGUAAGGUGAAUGAGAAAGUUGGACAUCGAAUUUAACCCCCUCCCCCACCGGUUUUUACCUCGAGGAUAAUAAUGAGAUGAUUCGGAAGUUUGCUUCGUAGACGCCUGCACGGUUCCGUAUCGAUCCAGCCUUCCACAGAUGCUGCAAUCACGUUUCAGAUCCUGCUGGUCUUGGAUGGCUCCAGUAAUUCAAUCAGUUCAUCACAGAUGCCCACCCUCAUCUUCGUCUAAUGGCCCGUCAAACUCACCAACACCACGGCGGUGCCUUGGCAAAACGACAUUCUAGAACCCGGUCGAAGAGAUAGAAGGCUCAGUCAGCGAAGGGUCGUGGCGACCCGGAAACACCGACUGCCAAAACCUUGGUGCCUGCAGGCGUCUGUCCGGACAACGAUCGAUGAUAAAAGAUGCUCGAUUCGACGAGAGGAUUGCAAAGGGUCCGGUGGUGGUGGCGAGGAGUACUUCUGGGCUCGGUACUCUGGCUGACGACGUUCGCCGAGGGCUGCCCGUCGAUGUGUGUAUGCAAGUGGAAGGGUGGCAAGGAGUGGGUCGAGUGCGCGAAGCGUGGUCUGAUCGGUCUGCCGCAGGGUGCCGGAGAGGGAACGCAGGUACUGGACCUGGCGGAUAACCACCUGGUGAGCCUGCCACCGCAGUGCUUCCAGGCGCUGGGUUUGACCAACCUUCAGAGGCUCUACCUGUCCAGGUCAAAGAUCAGCCACCUGGCCGAGACGGCGUUUAUGGGACUGACGGGACUGGUGGAGCUAGACCUCUCUGGGAACCAGAUCGGUCAGGUACCCUCGGAGACCUUUCCAUCGUACGCGGGCCUCAUGCGGCUCAUCCUGAACGGAAACCCCAUCAGGGAGGUGCGCCGUAAGGCCUUUCACCCCUUGGUCCACCUUACAGUGCUAGAGAUGAGCGAGUGCCGGCUCGAGGCCGUCGAGCAAAACGCCUUCUUUGGACUCGGUGCCCUCGAAUGGCUCAGGCUCGACGGAAACCGGCUAACCCACGUCCCAGAGAUGACGCUUCCACUCGGUGGCAGCCUCCGCGGACUCACCCUGCACAACAACCCCUGGAUGUGCGACUGCAAGCUCAGACCCAUGCAAGCCUGGCUGCAGCAGUCAGCGCCAGCCGCUCCACAGGAGGCUGAACCCACUUGCGAGGCCCCAACUAGGUUACAUGGGAAGCAGAUCAAGACCGUCAAGGUCAACGACCUAGCAUGCCUGCCGAAAGUCAAUGUCAAGGAACAGGUCGAGGUGUACGAGGGUGCUAAUCUCACCUUGCGCUGCGACGUUCACGCUGUUCCAUCCGCCAAGGUGACGUGGUGGUUCAACGGCGUGCCUUACGAACCUCAGAAUGAGAACGACACCUAUGCCGCUUCCGCUCCAGCGCUUACCAGGUACUACUACAGGGAGCGCGGUCACACGAACAAAAGCAACACCCUGCACCUCCAGGGAGUAGAACAAUCGGACGAAGGAACGUUCACCUGCGUCGCGGAGAACAGCGCUGGCUCAGCGGAGGCCAACCUCUCGCUUCGAGUGCUGAUGCGCGAGCGAGGAACAAUCGAGCCACCGUUCGACCAGCCGAGCACAGGCUACGUGGCUGCGGUGGCGGCUGGAGCGCUGAUCGGUACGCUGUUCGCGCUUGGCUGCGUGAUCGGCAGCGUGCUAUUCUGCACGAAGCGUCGGCAGGACCGCAAACGGAGCGCGAAGUCGCUGGUGACGCAGGGCGGCAAGGGCAUAACGCCGGUGGUAAAGGAGAGCGCUACCUUACCGCGCAAGGAGCUGAGUUUCGAGCGGCAACAGCAGGUGCUGUACGGCGAGCGGGAGCUGAGUGGCAGGAGCGGAACGCUGGAACGGCGCGAGCCAGUGGAGGGGGCAUACCGAAGCCCUGCGGCAAAGUACCUCACGGAGCCUGACCUGAUAAACGAAGUGCCGGAGGCUACGGAGGGCUACGGCAUCUACCAGCAGCAACGGAGCGAGCGCCAAAUGCUCGAGUACGACCCUCGGUACUGCCUGCAACCCGAGCUGCCGCAGAUCGGGUACCUCGGCACCGACGGAUACCCCGUCGACUUUGGCCUGCCGAAGAUAUCCUUCGCCAGCACACUCCCUCGACGCCUCCAUCCCCCCCAGGGAACCGCCGCCGCUCCCCAAGCGCGCUACUCGAGGGAAGCCGAGUUCCUCGCCAGGUCGACGCCCUACGACGCCGUCAUCCCGAGGAGCGACGCACGCUACACUGCCGAGGGCUAUCCCUACCCACCUCACCCGCCACUCAAACAGCUGCAGAUCCCUGCCUCACCGACCACGCCAGCUGUCCUCCCGGAUGUUCCGUUCAUACCCUCGCCACCGGCCGCGUAUCGCGGAGAACCUACGCCUAUGUCGCCGCGGUCGCUUCUGGGCAAGACCGCCAGGGAAGCCGCUGCAGCUGUUGCCGCCAGGGCAGAGGGCGCUCAUCGCGCACCUGAACACUCGGAAAGCCCCGACGAGGGAUACGUCGGGGAAACUGUGGACGUCUGAAACGACGAGGGAACGACGGAACGGAACGGAAACGAAACGGAGCUGAUUGCGAAGCGUUGAGCGGAUCGCGACACUCUGCAAUAAAUGAUAAUCGUUCGUGUAGACGUGUCAUGUUCGACGAGUACGAUGUGAAUAAUAUCAUCGAUAAUCAACUUUAUAUAUAUAUAUAUAUAUAUAAUAUAAUUGAAUUUGAAGAAAUAAAUGAAAAAGGGGAUCUCUCUAGUGUAUUUUGCAGAAAAACCCCGUGUUAACAAAAACGCGCACCCAUGAAUAGUGUAUAUUGCAAUGAAAACGUAAUUUAUAAACUGUCUAGGUAUAAAUACAUGUAAACAUAUGAGACAAAAGAUCUGGAUUUAUGGAAUUGGACGUUCAGUGCUCAAUAUAUUGUAUAAUAAUUAUCAUUUAAAACAUCAGUGCAUUUUGAGGGAUGAACAAUUAUCAGUCGUCCGUGUGAGUGUUUUCUUUUUUCUUUUUUUUUUUCUCAAUCACUGAGACACAAAUUUAUUCCUCGGUUAAAUAGCAAUCUUUUUUUUACACCGUAUUCGUGUUAAAAUAAAAAAAUGUUAAUCCCAACUGACGAUGAGUGAUGAAUAUUAUGCUCAAGACAAUUAGUGCGUUAGUAAUCUUAUAUUAUAGGAAAUCACUUCGAUGAGUGUAUCUAUACAAAAAUUAAUGACUCAGUUCCGAGUCGUGUUAAUAAUAUACCUGUAUAUCAAGAUAGAAAAAUUCUCAUAGUGAAAAUGUGUAAGAUCACCGGUGAUUUAACGCAGGUACCAUUCCGGUAAAAUGGAACCUCCGAGGUGAAAACUCAAAGAAGCUCAGUGCGUGAGAGAGUGAUAAUGUGAUCACGAAAAUUAUGAUAUAUCCACGCAAUGUUUUUUUUUUUUUUGUUUUCAUUUUCUUUGAAUUCAAAUACCCGAAGCAAUAGACACAAUUUCGGCCAUGAUGGCAUUAUAAUAUGCGUCGUACGUCGAUUGUAAGAGAGAGUGCAUGAAACGAUUAUAGUGUAAUAGAUUUUUCACGACAUUUGCACGAUCAGCCAAUGAACAAUAAUAAUUGAACUGAUUGAUUUUAAUCGAGUGAGAAUCCGGAGAACGUAAUUUGUGUAACAGGAAAGUGAAUAUUGUAUGUUUUCGGCAUUGAACAGGAAACUGAGACAUUGUGUAAAAUCACAACUUUACUCGUGGAACGUGCUUCUCAGGUCUGUUUCACGGUUGAUCAGUUUCUCUUCCUUGUAAGGAAGCCUCGCCUCUGUUGAACGUUACGUUACACUUUGGAGGAAAGUGAAACUGCACGACGACUUCCUGAUGGGAAUAAGUUUCGUCGAGAGUUACGGGCCUUGGACAAGGCGUAACUUUUUAUUGGAUACGCUAACGGAACGGGUGCGAAAGCUAGUGUACAAAUCUGUAUCAUCGAAAAAUGUUCGGCCAGUAAUAAGAAGAAAAGUAAACUGGAGGAAAGAAUGAGGGGGAUGAACAAGUGCAGCGAACUAAAACCUAAAAAUUAACAAAGUAAAAAAGAUGAAAUUUUGAUACAUGUAUCUAGAGACGAACGCCUAUCCAAAGAAAGUGUUUUUUACCCUUAUUAUUACCCAGCCUAGUGAAUUGUAAAAAUGAUACGUGAAAAAGCAGAGAAUAAAAAAACUCUAGCCAUAAUAUAAUAAUAUAUCCUGUAUAGCUGUGCGCAGACGAGAAAUCUAUUGGAAAACCUCUUUAGGUCGUAUAUAUUAUAAAUAAUAUAAAUACAUAAAUAUAUUAUGUUAUAUACACACAUAGGAUCAUUUGUAGACUUGACUCAAUGGUAAGUUUUGACCGUGUUCUACAGGGUAUAAUAGGCACCGAAAAAUAAGAGUUUUAUUAAUGUGUGUAGGUGUGUAUGAUUAGUCAUCGGGGAUAAGGAGAAAAGGAAAUUGAAUAAUAUACGAGAGUGGGGCAAAGUCGGUUUACUUAUCUAACACGAUUUUGUUCGACGCCCUUGGGAUGUUUGCACGAUUCGAACCAACUUUCGAAGAAAUUAUGGUUAUGUGCGGUUAGCUGCAUGCUGCACACGUACCACUUGAUAUAUAUGUAGCUAUGUAAUAAUAAUUCAUAACAUAGAGUUUCUUUCCGACACGAUUCGCUGCUAAAAAAAAAAGAAGAAGAAAAUAAAAACAAACAACAACAAUAAGCGAAAAUUUUAGGAAAGACGAAGAGGUAUAAAUAAUGUUGAGCCAGAGUUAUA